ACUGUCGCACAACGUCUUUUGAGCUUGUCCGCCCUUGGCCAACAUCCAAUUUGUACAUUAAGGGAUUUUUAUUGAAGGGCGGCACCUCUAAGAUCUUUUCAAUUUUUCCAUUUUGUUAAUAGUCGCGGACUUAAAGGGUCGAAAUGUUGAUCGGGUUGGUCAGGGAGUCGGUGAUGCAGUGCUUCUGCCAUACGUGCAGGGCACCGAUACCAGCUGCUGCCGCUGUUCACAGAAGGAAUAUUCCAAUUACAAAAGUGAAAACGAAACCGAGAACCCACCAACCGAAAAGAGUUCAAUUCGUCAUACUCUUGCCCCAAAAUAAAGACCAAACGGACGAGCAAUGCAUGGUACUGCGCGGUUCUUGUAACGCAACCGAAGUAAGAUGCCAGGAAAAGACCCGCGGCGGGGUCCGUUACGAGGUGAUCCUGGGAGAGCCAGAUGCGAAGGCUGCGCCCCCCAAGAAGCCCCUGUCCCCCAAGAACUCCGUCUCCGUACAAGACAUCGAGGAGAAGCUUAAAGCAGCCGAGGAACGAAGAUUACAACUGGAAUCGAGCAAAAUGGCCGCCCUAUCGGCUAAAAUGCAAAAGAUCGAGGAAGCGAGCCGUAAAAAAGACGAACAGACCAGUCAGUUUAUCACCGCCACCCGUGACGCCCUGGAACAAAAAAUGGGAACCGUCACCGAGAAGAGGGAAGCUUAUAUAACCGACUUGAAAACGAAACUGAAGGAUCAUAUUGAGAACGUGGAAAAGACCCGCCUCUCCUUGGAGCAACAGACUGACGAGGUUCGCAGUGCCAUCGAGGAAAAACUGAAGACCGCCUCGGUCCAGCGGGACGAGAACAUUAAAAAAAUGCUCGAUCGCUUGAAGGAACACGAGGAGCAGGUGCAGAAGGUGAAGACUUGCAAUAACGUGAAACUGCAGGAGCUCGGCACGCAGAUUCAGGAGAAACUCGUUCAGGCCCAGACCAGGAAGGAGCAGAUCGAACAGGAACAAAUCGAGAGGUUGAGGAAGAACAACUCAAGACCGUUCGAGAAACAAAAAUCGGUCGAGUCGACCAUUGAGAGCCGCAAAUCGGAAGUGAUCAAUCUGAUCGAGAACAAACUGUGCAUCGCUGAGCAGAUCAGGGAAAAAGAGAUCCAAAAGAAGUUGGAGCUAGCUAAGAAACACAAUGAACACCUGAACGAGGUAAAGCAAACGUUGGAAAUCAAGAAGACCGAGAAGGCCCAGAAGAUCGAGAACAGACUGUCCGCCGCCGAGCAAAAGAGGGAGGAAGAAAUCAAAAAGAAAUUGGAGAAUAUUAAGAAACACGAAAAACACGCAGAAGCAGUACGUCAAAACAAAGCUGCCUUAGCGGCGGUAUCACCCUCGUCCGGUUAAAACCGGAACUAACCCCGCUCGAUUAGUUCGCCCAGUCGACAUUUACUCAACCGCUUCGGUCUUCCGGUUAACUUGACCGGAGGUUUAACUAUAUCAUUGAGGAGACCGACCCUUAGUUAUUCUCCCCUCUAAAGUAUUGCUUUUAGACUGAAGUUUUUUGUGAUUUUUUUUUGUUUUACUUUUGGGUUACUUUUAUGAGUUAUUCUUUAGUUUUUUUUUUAUAGAACAGUGUGUAUUUUCUUUUUAAUUAUUAUUAUUAUUAUAUUUACUCUUACUAAACCGUUUAUUAAGAAUGUA